GUCUCCCAACCUCAUUUUUAUCCUCCAACGCACUCAUGUUCUGCAUCAUGGCAUAAUACGACUUUGAACCGUUCACUCUUCGAACCGCCUUUCUAGCCUCGAUCGAAAGAAGUACAUAGCCUCCAGGCUGAUCAAUGACAAGAGGAAUGAUAUAUGGACAAGCUAGUGAAAUCAACUUGAUGAAAAUUGCCCAGAAUAUGGAUGUUAUCUAAUCAUCAAGCCUGAAGUCCUGUUCGUCUGAUAAUCGAAACGAUCGAUAUUUAUCACGGGGAAAAUGUCUGUCACCUCUCGGUUUUGCCGCCUCUCAAGACUUAAUCUCAGUCGGCCGCAUCGUGAAUUUUAUCAAACUUUUCAAACUGCCUCUUCAUCCAAUACCAUCGAUCAGCAUCCUGAUUUGAAGUUGUCUCAGACCAAUCAUGCCAAGACAGUAUCUGAACUCCAGUCCCAGCUUAAGCUCCAUACUCAAUCUAAGGACCUCAUCGCCCUACUGGGAACAUGUCGAUCAAUAAAAGAACACCUACAUCAACCCUCUGCUAUACCCAUUCAACAAGCCUACUACUCCCUUCUCGACGUCUUGGGCCAUUUCGGACUCUGGACUCAAAUUCAUCUCAUAAUCAAAGAACUCGAUCAAAGACCUGAACUUCUCAGUACGCUUACUGCUGAUCUUUGCUUUUGGUCACUUCUCUUUUCAGCCUUCGUCAACUGUGGAAAAGCUCCCGACGUCCUUCUGUCGCGUAUGUCCGAAAAGGGCCUCUGUGUUAAUCAGCUACCGCCUGCUAUGCUAGAAACUCUGAUACGAGCCAGUAUCACUGAGGAUAAUAUGGGCCAAUGUUUAUUUUGCUUUCGUCAAUACCUUCUCCGCCUUUCUGAUACAAUGAAGCCUAAUCGAGCACUUAUCAGUCGACUCACUCGUUUCUUUUCUCAAAAUGGUGAAUUGCGUCUAGCGAUCGAUUUGACAAACAAAUACCUUUUACCAAUUGCUACCGAAGAAGAGGAGCUUCGUGAUAAUCUCAUAUCGCUCUUGCGCGCCUCUGUCGAUCGAUCGGAUCCAGAUUCCACCUUGUAUUGCUAUCAUCACCUCUCGGAAAGCCAUGCUCAGGCACUGUCUCAGACCCUCGACGAAGGUUUCUCUCUCAGCCUCCUCUCACUCUCCUACCGUCAUAUGCUCCCAGCUCUAAGUCUCAAGAUCGUCAGUGAGCUUGUACGUCAAAAAAUUGAACUAGGUCUACCUCAUCUCCUUCCGACCCUCGGCGUACUCUGUCGCGCUGGUAGUGGAAGAAUGAAAGAUGUGGUCCAGCUUCUAGGCCGAAUGAGUCGCACGAAAGUUUAUGAACUAGUAUCCGAUGAAGAUGAAUGGCUCGAAUACCAUCUGCUGAUUGGUCAUCUAGGGGGAUUGAUUGAGUACAGGAAACUGAUCUCCACAAAUCAUUCGAUCCAUCAACCUCCUUCCAAUCUUUCACAUUCCUCGUCUCGCUCUCAUCUCGAUAACUCUGUGAUAUUUGUUGAAUCACUCCUCAACUCUCCUCGAAUGAUCGGAUCUGUGAAGUCUCCGGUCAUUCUCACUAUCCUCAUCAACAGUCUUCUCAAAUCAUUUGCUGAGCUAGAAGAACACGAAGAGGUGCUGAAGACCUAUGAACGAUUCUUUGGCUUGUCAAAGACAUUCAUUGUUCCAAAUGAACGCACAGCAGCGAUCAUGGAAAAAGCCCGAGAAGCCCUCGAGAACGAUGCCACUUGUGAAGAGGAAACAGUGCUUUAA